AUGUCGUCGUCGUCGUCGUCGCAGCAGCUGCAGGCGGCGAGGAGGGAGGAGAGCGAUUCCGUGGAAGAGCAGCGAGAAACCAAACGACUCAAGGUGAGUACCGAGCUCAGCAACGACGCCCAUUCAACGACUGCAGCGGAGGUAGAGCGGGCGCGGGCGGAGCUGAAUGAGGCUCGCGCAAGCAAGGACCAAGAGCAGAUAGACGCAGCAAAGGAAGAGCUUGCUCGGGCGGAGCUCAAGGCAGAGGUAGAGCUUGCGCGGGCGAAUGUAAAAGCGGCGCGCACAAGCAAGGACAGCGCGCAGAUAGCCGGAGCAAAGGAAGAGCUGGCGCGGGCGGAGCUCAAGGCGGCGCGCGCAAGCAAGGACCACGAGCAGAUAACCGCAGCAGAGGUAGAGCUUGCGCGGGCGGAGCUCAAGGCAGAGGUAGAGCUUGCGCGGGCGGAGCUCAAGCUCAUCAAUGUAGCAAUCGAUCUAGACCUCCAAGCGUGUGAUCAGAAGCUUGCAUUUGAUAAACCAGAUGAGUGCAAGGUGAAUGUUUUGGAAAUUGAUAUUCUGGAAUCCAGUUGGAAUAUUCUUGGUGCACUCGGAUACCUGUUUGGGAAGACUGAAACUGUAGCCAAGGUGACGUUGCAGCAUGCAAAGAAGUGGACAAAGGACAAGGACUUGUGGCUGCUCGUCGAUGAAGCGAUACCGGGGUAUCAGGAUACCACCGACCUUGUAAACCCAAUCGCUCGACUGGUCUUCUUCAAACGUAUUCUUCGUAAUGCAGGCUUUAACACUAUCAUGCUGGGGACAAACACUCUGGUGAUGAAUUUCAACAAAGCUUUGCGACAGACCGACAACAGCCGAGGUCGGAACCUAGAGCAUUUAGUGUGUAUCACCCAUCGAGCGCUUCCUCCGAUGAUUUUACAAUCUGAAAAGCAGCAUGCUUUGCUCAGGAGUUUGUUUGGGGAGGAGCAGUGCAGCUUGUUUCUCGACAACGUUAACCCAUGGCUUUGCAAUCAGAUGUUGAAGGGCUUCAAGGGCGCCACGGAAGAGAUAAAAGACCGCGCAGAUUUGUUUCGAGAUCUGGCUGGUCCAGUGUUGGCAGAAAGGCGUAAAGAAAAGAAGAAUCUCAGCGAUGCAUCGUUGUAUUGUAUGUUUCAGAUUGCAACGCACGAUGCCAUUUCCCAGGCACACAUCAUGCAAGGGUUCGGUCUCUUGAACAUCUGGCCACAAGGCGAAGUCCCUGCACGUGGUAGUCCGGGGUCAAUCAUUGAUCUUGAUCGGCGUGAUGACAAGAUUUACAUGAUGAAUACAGAUAUCCACAACAUAUCCUGCAGGUUUCCUCCGGCCUGGGCCGAUCCCAUCACUACAGGGAUUUGCGCUGGUGGCGGAAGACCUUUUCGCAAUUUAGCAUCAGGGCUCGAGGUGUUGAGGAGGAUUCACCAAGAUACUGUCAAGCCCAGGGAGGAUCCCACAGCAGUAGAUGCAAUGCGUAGAGGCGGGAAUGUUCUCGAAUCGUUUGGGGCAGUCGUCCUUAUGUUGACAAGCUGGGCCAAACCAGAGGACAUUCUAUCGACUCUCAGCUAUCAUUGUGGACGAGAAGUGAAGAGCACAGUGACGCAGGUGCUUGCUGCCGUGGAUGACAAGGAGGCUGCAGAGCAGUUCCGGCAAGUUUUGACGAGAUGUUUGUGUAAUCUGAUUCCCCUUCGUGACGAUGAAAGUAACAUACUUGACGGAGAAGUUUUCGGCUACUACAUUCGUUGCAUGGAUAAGCGCGAACGAGACGGAUGCUUUUCUGGCCCUGUCUUCGGUCCUGAUAGGAGAAGAAUGAAGGGUGCAGCAGAGUUCAAGAACUGGAGAGUGUCGGUCAAUUCAUCUGAUCUCAAGUGUUUUGUGGAAAAGCUGUCCAAGAAUGGAGAGGACCUCCUUCUCUUCAUGGCGCCAGCCUUUGGAGAUUUUAAGUACGAGUGGAUCUUACCACGAUUAGGGGUUUCUGAUUGGUUGGUUCUGCAUUGGACAAUUGAUGGGGCGCAUCUAGAUUGGCGUACUUUCCACCAUGUAGUCCAAGACGGUGAGAAAAGAUACAGAAUUUUGGUGCUUAUGGAGGUCGGGUUAUCAACGAAACCUUUUUGUGAACCGUCGAUGCGCCAAGAUCAGAUUGAUGCCUAG